AUGGGCGCUGUCGGCUGGAUCGUCCGCCAGCGUCACCCGACGAUUGUCCCUCACCCGUUGGCCUACAUGGACAAUGCGUACGGGCUCGACAUCUCGGGCGAGACGAUGCGGUAUGAGCACCACGGAGAAGCGCAGAUUGUCCCGCUCGCGCAAGGACGGAUGCUCGAGGUCUGGGACGAACUCGGGCUCGCCUGGAAGUGGCGGAAGGCACUGUCAGGUUGUCGCCUCACCAUCACCGGCAUUGUUGUCGACCUCGACGAGGACUGCACCGUCGAAAGGUUUGUCGCAACCGUCCCCGCCUUCCUCGCCGUCCCGUCGCGGCAGCCUGCUCUGCGGGACUGGCGGCGCAUCGUCGGCUGGGCCAACUGGGCGUUGACGGUUCGUCCACGGGCGCGGCCGCUCCUCUCGCCGUUCUACAUCAAACUCGCUCGCCUCGGAUUGCCGUACGCAAUCAUGUUCCGAAACAAGGCAACGGAUGCGGUGCUUUGUGCCUUCGUACGCGAGCUCGAGUUGGGCAAACCGCUGAGCAUGCGGGACCCGAUGCUCACCGAGUGGAGCGAGGCGGACGCGGACGCCUUCUACCUCACCGACGCUUGCCUCGAAGCCAUGGACGGCACAGGCAGCGGCCUCGGCUUCUUCGCCAUCUCGGAGCAGCAACACCGGCAUUCCAGUUCUCGCCCUCGCGUCUGCUACAAGUUGAUCCAGUUUGCUGAGGCGCUGGCUGUCUACUCCGCCAUCUGA